AUGAAGCCGGCCGACCGGCACGCGGCGACCGUCCACUUCGCGACCGACCCCGACUGUCUGAUUCUCCUGGUCUCCAUGAAGGCCGGCAACUCAGGGCUGAACCUCACGGCCGCCUCGCAAGUGAUCAUCCUGGACCCGCUCUGGAACCCGUACAUCGAGGACCAAGCGGUGGGGCGCGUCCAUCGCAUCGGACAGCGACGGCCGGUGCACGUUCACCGCAUCCUGGUUUCAAACACGGUGGAGGAUCGGAUCCUCGACUUCCAGGAUAGAAAGCGCCAACUCAUUGAGGGUAUCAUCGAGGAGAAGGCGCACAGGGAGCCUUGCCGGAUGGAGAGUGCCGAUUUCGCGUAUCUCUUUAUAAGUGGCUGA